AUGCAUGGAUAUCGUGUGUGUUGGGUACAGAUCAACGGCCGGUUGUCCAUGGGAGAGAACAUCGCAGACAACGGAGGGAUACGGGAGGCGUUUCGAGCCUAUGAGUUGUACGUGCGUAGGCACGGAGAAGAUAAGCCUCUUCCUGGUUUGACGGAAUUCACCCAACAGCAGCUCUUCUUUCUCUCCUUCGCCAACGGGAACUGCGCCCACGCGCGGAAAGAGAGCAUGGCGUUGGGGUUGCGGGUGAACGUCCACAGUCCCUUUCGGUAUCGGGUCAUCGGGUCCCUGUCCAACUUACAGGCGUUUCGGGAAACCUGGCAUUGCUCCGAUUCCCCCAUGGCCCCCAACCCCGAGGAUACCUGCACGCUUUGGUGACGGCGGGGUUCGUCCACCUCGGGAUGGCUCGACCACUUCCGAGGCGUAACCACACUCACACGCAUGAACCGUGCUCGCCAUCAAACCGACAGCUGUAGGACUAGAUGCAUGACCAUGCUUUCUCCUUUUCCCAACCGUCUCUUCCUCUCGUCGAGUCGCGGAACGUUUCACACGUCUAAACGUGUCGACACUGCUAUGCACCUUUAGUUGAGAGUGAUGCCGCGAUGCAGAGACUAACCCGGGUUGGCCCGGGUUGGCGCAGUUGGCACGUUCGCAAUUCUCGAGUGUUAAACCAGCCGACCAAAAAGGCUCGUGGAUAUAAAAUUACACGGGCAAGCCUGCAUCCAAGGUUAGAUAAUAAAAUAAACUGGAUUCUGAAUUCAUUCGUGUGUAAGCCGGAGGUCUGUUCUAAAACCAAAUUUACCUAGAAAAACGUAAUGCGUGAUAGACCUUUCGAAGGGCAGCUUUGUGGCUUGCCAUGACUGUGUAAUUGGCCUAUAUUGGCGUGUGAUAUUCCCAUAUUGUUAAUGUGCUCUUCAUUGGUGCCUCGUUCUGUCCGUUUUCCUUGGGAAUCCCAAAGAAGC